AUGAUAGAAAUGAUACUACUACAAAAUCUAAUAAGAAAUAAAAAAUCAACUGAUAAAUCGCAGACUGAUAUUAACAACUAUUAUGAAAAUUUUCCUACUUCAUUAAUCAAAAAUGAUCAAAUCAAUAAAGCAUUGGCAAAAUUUAUGCAAUCAAUAUAUGAUUAUUGUUUAAUUAUUGAAGAACAAAAAAAAUAUCUCUGGUAUUCAAAGAGUUAUUCUGAUAUUUCCCAUCAUAAUGAAGUAUUUCUUGGUGAUGAAUUCAUCAAAAUUGUGGAUGAAAUUAAUUCUGAAAAAUUGGUUGCGAUAGUUUCAGAUAAUGCAUUUGAAGCUCAAGUUGCAUGA